AUGAUUGAAGAAAGAAUGAUAAAAUGUGAAAAAUAAUUUCCAGCAAUUUUAGAAUCCUCUCAUAACAUUUAAAAAAGCUAUCCUCAACCUAGGUAAACAAAAAGAGGUAGUGGCUACUUAAAAAAAGAAGAAAUAAAAAGUGAAUAAGUUUAAAGUUUAGCUGCUUAAAAAAAAAAAUCCCUCCAAUUAAGAACUUCAAAAUGUUCAUAAUAGGAUCUCAAAAAGGGAGGUUAAUUUGGAAAGAAUUAACCUGAAAAAAUCCUAUCACAUACAGGACACACUCUAAAUGAAGCAAAAUUUUUGAUAUCAUGGAAGCAUUUAGGAAGCACAAAACCAUCAGAUUCAUAUCAUCCUUAUGCUUUGAUAAUACAACACAAUCCAGAAAUAUUAUUAAAUUAUUUUGAAGAAAAUGAUUAAUAUAUAAUUAUUGAAUGA